AUAAUUUUGAGCAAUAUAUGAUUUUUAAAUGAUUUUAUGUCAAUUGCACCAAUUUUCAAUGUAAGUUGUCAGGUGUCACGUUAGAAAAUCUCUUACAUACUGUGUUUUCCCCACAGUUACUGUUCUAUCACUGUUGGACACCCUGUCUUCUUCUGUCUCUGUCUUCUUCUGUAGUCUCUGGAAAAGAAAAUAUCCAAUAAGAAGCGGAUUAGCAUGGCACCCACCAUCUAUAAGAAGCAAGAGUCAGCUAAGAGUGAUGAUGUUCCUGAGUCGUGGCUUUUACCUCACUCUCACCGUACCAGCAGCGUGAGGACUAUUGCACGGAUACUGGAGGGAGGAGGAGUGUGUGGAAUUCCCACUGACACUGUGUACGCUCUUGCUGCUUCCUGUAAACACCCAGAUGCUAUCAGCAGGAUCUAUACCAUAAAGGAACGACCAUCAGAGAAGCCCAUCUGUAUUUGCAUCUCUAACUUGGAACAGCUAAGAGCAAUUGAACCUCCAUUCAGUCCCCUCCUCUGGAGGUUCAUGGACAUGGUCUACCCAGGAGGCAUUAGCUGCAUUGUACCAAAAGGAGACUGGCUGGAAAGGCUAGGUGUAGGUGCAGCUUAUGAUAAGGUCGGGACACAGGACAACAUCAUGAUACGGGUUCCAGACCACACAGUUACUGCUCACUUAACAGACAUGACAGGACCCCUAGCCAUUACUUCAGCUAAUCCAAGCGGGGAGAGUGACAGCACCCACCAUGACAUGGUCAUAACGCGCUUGAGUCAUAAAUUAGAUGCUGUUCUCAGUGAUGGAUAUUCCAAUGAACUUGUAGGGUCCACAGUGGUAAACUGUACAAAGAUAGAUGAAGGCUCUAUCACAAUACUGCGUGAAGGCUGUGUGCCUGCCGCUAAGAUCAUGCAGCUGUUUGAAUGUGCAAAGAACACACAGGAUGUGCUAUAAGCCAAUAAAACACCAUUAUCUGCAAGUUCAGUGGUUUGAAAAUGGUUGCUUGGUAUCAUUAUUUGAAGUCCUGCUGGCAGGGAUUUAAAUUAUUAUUGUAAAACAAUUGAGCAUAAAAGAAAAACACUUUUAUUUUUCCU